CUCGCGAAGUCAUCGUGGCUAUGCGCUUUAGACGGGCUGCAUGCGCGCCAACCGCAGCAUCGCAUAUCUGCUCACUCGUGCCUAUAUAAACCACUAUGCCCCUAGAGACUCACGACAGCACCUGCCCCUCCAGUCAUCACAUCAAACAAAACACCGUCUUCCCAGCAAACCCCUCUCCCAUGCCUUCCACCGCAUCUUCCUACGCCGCGUCUACCACCUCUUUCGAUACCGCGUCUACCCUCUCGGUCGCGUCCAGCACCACCAUAGCUCCUAAAGCAUCCUCUCCUCAGCCAUCCUCUACCGGCAAGGACCUCGCUGCUGCGUUUGGGGCGCUGCGGUCCAAGUACGGCGCAUCCGGUUCCUCCCACUCUUUUUGUCUCAGGGAGAGGGUCAUGCGCUCGAUUCAGAAGUCCUCGGACAAGAAGAGCCCUACCGUCGCGGAGUCAUCGCACACUACCAUUGCCACUGACAACAAGGCAAAGACGUCCCCUCCGAAGAUGUAGAUGAACGCCAGAUAUAUAAGGGCCACAGCACACAGGCAGCCAAUGUAUGGCGGAAAUAUGGAGCAUAGUCGAAUAGCUACACGUGAUGUGGUAGUCAUGCCGGAAUCGUUGGAGCGAAAUGGUGCAGAGUUCGUUACAAUCGGAAAGCAGUCGACAGCAUAAUAGAAAUUCGAAAUGUGAUAUGCAAGCGACGUCUAAAACCCAAACAAAACUGCAGAUCUAUCGUCCCCUUACAAGCCAGCCUCGUUUUCUAGGCUUCAGCUC